AUGGUAAGCUGUGCAGCAAUCGAUGAGCCAUCAACGUCGAGCCUGUUGUUCCCGGAGCUGAUUUCACACGCCGAUCUGGUCAGCGUGCUGAAACGUAAGCUGAGCCGGCUGGGUGCAAACGCAUCCCGAGUGGAGAAACUCACCACCGAUGAACUGCUGGAACAGGUCAAAAAAUUUGUGAUGCCAAAACCUCAACGACAGGUAUUUAAGUUGGUUUUUUUUUCGCCCAACAAAUUGCUUUUUUACACAUUUUAUGCUGUGUAA